GACGAGGACGACACGACGACGGUGGCGGCGGUAGCGGCGACGGUGAACGGUAACGGUGGCGACGGUCGUAGCGGUGGUCGUGGCGGUGUCGACGACGACGACGACGGCGGUGGCGGCGACGGCGACGACGGUGACGGUGACGGUGUUUGCAACGGUGCGCCGUGUUGGUCGGUGGCGUACGCCGUACGUGUUAGUGCGUGUGUUCGUGCGCGAGCGCGGUUGGUCGGUGGCGGCUCGCGUUGUUGUAUCCAAGAUGAAGUCCGACUCGAAACCUUUGUUGACAGCUCAGGCGGAGAAGGCGAAUCAUUACACAUACUUGAAGGAGUUCCGUGUCGACCAGUGUCCCCUCUUCAUACAGCGCAAAUGCACGCAGCACCGGCCGUUCACGUGCUUCAACUGGCACUUCAUGAACCAGCGGAGGCGCAGGCCGGUGAGGAAGCGGGACCGCACCUUCAACUACAGCGCCGACAAUUAUUGCACCAAGUACGACGAGACGACUGGCAUCUGCCCCGAUGGAGAUGAGUGUCCGUUUCUACAUCGUACCGCGGGCGACACGGAGAGGCGUUAUCAUCUGCGCUACUACAAGACGUGCAUGUGCGUCCACGACACCGACACCCGUGGAUUUUGCGUGAAGAAUGGCCCGCACUGCGCUUUCGCGCACGGCAAUCACGACCUGCGCCCGCCCGUGUACGACAUCAAGGAGAUCCAGGCGCUGGAGAAUCCGGACUCGGACCCGAACUCCUCGUCGAACGGGCCUAACAUACUUGACAAGGAGCGUAACCUGAUGAACGAGGACCCGAAGUGGCAGGACACGAACUAUGUGUUGAGCAAUUAUAAGACCGAGCCGUGCAAGAGACCGCCGCGGCUCUGCCGGCAGGGUUACGCCUGUCCGCAGUAUCACAACAGCAAGGACAAGCGGCGCAGCCCGCGGAAGUAUAAAUAUCGCUCAACGCCGUGUCCGAAUGUGAAGCACGGCGAGGAAUGGGGCGAGCCGGGCAACUGCGAGCAGGGGGACGCGUGCACGUACUGUCAUACUCGCACGGAACAGCAGUUUCAUCCGGAGAUCUACAAGUCCACCAAAUGCAACGACGUGCAGCAGGCCGGCUAUUGCCCGCGCGGCGUCUUCUGCGCCUUCGCGCAUGUUGACCGUGAGUGUACACUCAUCAAUCUGUUGCCAACAGAAGAAAUGAGCCUGGCGAGGGAUAUGGCGGUACCUAUAGAUUGCGGAGCGAAUCUGGCAGACAUACUCAGCAACGCUCUUCCUCCCGACAAGCGCUCGCACGACAAGGAUAAGCAACUCAGUGACAGCAGCUGUUAUCGGUCGACUGACUUGCAGAAUGGAAGCGGCGAGGUCUCGGAAUCCGCCAGCACCAGCAGUUUGGGUAGUAACAGCUCGCACAGCAAAGCGCCGGGCGCUCAACUGCACAAUUCCAAUAAUACCAAUUCCGGCAUAAAUUCGGCGGCCGCACAGCAAAAACUUACGAGCAUACUUUACAACCCUAGUUCCCUCAUACAAGUUAAUGAAAUUCGGAAGCAAAUGGUCGCCAUUGACAGCGAUCCGUUGUUAACAAAAGCUGAAAAGGCCCAACAAAAACAAAGUCUCUACAUUGCGUACAAUUUGAACGGGACAUUAGGCAGUCACUCAUUAGCAACCACUGUUUCACCACUUUCAAAUUCGUUUUAUUCAAACGAUACUGUGGAAUCUGUAGUAGGAAAUGCGUUAGACGAGUUACAUUUAGACGACCCGUUAAAUUUAGUCGACUCAAUUCAUAGGGAUACAAAUUCACCGAUUGGCAAUUCGAUAUCGGCGGGCCUAGCUAGCUCCGGUCUACUCGGUAGCUCAGCCCCGGUCAACAUACCGGGCAUGGCCGAACGUUCAGUUCUAAGCAAUUUCUCGCCAUCGACGUCGAGCCCGCUUCAGCAAUUGCAGACUGGUUUUCUCACCGGCUCGAGAUUCUCUCAUCAAGAUUCCAUGGAAUCCACAUUGCCAUUUAUGAAUCAGAUAUCAGAUCCAUUUAGCAAUCACAUUUCGCAACUUAGCAGCUCGGCUUCUAAGCUUAGUGGAUUCAAUAGUAGUUUAUUCGAUUUCGCGAGCCAAGGAAUGUCACCGUCGCGUACGCAACCCACUCUACCGGCAUCUCCAUUGGUCAAUGCAUUUUCCAUUAGUCCAAGUAACACAGGAUCGUUGUCCGAGGUACAAAGGCUCAGAGACGAACUGUCGUCGAGCCGCGCUCAAUUGGCGACAUGGGACGAGCGUAUUAAUCAAGCGCGCGCGGCUUGCGCGGCUUGGCAGAUGGAGAGCGAGGAGGCGAAGAGAAAGGCGACCAUCGCCGAGCAGCAGAGGGACGAGGUGAAUAUCCCGUCUAACUUAGCGCGCGCCACUCACGCGAUACCGCAAUCCCAAUUCGCUGUAUUCGAGAGGAUGGAUUUUUCGCAGGCACUGAAAGCGCUCAGGGUCGAGAAUAAGGCGUCCAACGGCGGCCCGUAUUUGCAUUCACUGAGGAAAAUAAGCGAGCUCAGAACGCUAUCGAUAGCAACCUUGAAAUCAAUUCAGUCGCAACUGCGCUCGGAUCUCGAGGAGGUGGAAAAGGUGCUGUACAGAGAAACGGCAGCAAAGUGCAUGGUUUGCGAGGAACAGAAUCGUGCAGUUACCCUGGCCUGCAAUCAUUACGUGGUCUGCUCUACAUGCGCGCCGAAUCAGCGUGAGUGCCCGUACUGUCAGACACCAGUUGUCUCAACAAGUUAGACCCCGACCUUCCCUUAGAAUCCUGUUACAAUUUCCGCUUCUCGUCUGUUUAAAAAACAAAAGAAAGAACGAGAAGGCGAUGACAACCGCGGACUCUGAAUGAGAAUAUCAUGUGAGUAGAGAUUUUGCAAAGGGACUUGUAUUUUUACUCUGGUACAGUGACACACAAAAAAAAACUGAGAGCACUGUAACGUUUCUUAUCGCGGUAAGCAUGUACCCGCUGGAAUCCGAUUUGAAGAACACGAUUGAUUUAUCGCCAAAGUGUGAGAUACGUGAAAUACGAUAUAGAAUCUUUACUGGUGUAAUCUUAAAUUACAUUGACAUUUCUCUCUCGAUAUAUGUAUAGAUAUAUAUUCAGUGAAUAUCACAUUUUUUAAAUGUAACGCUCUCUAACAAGCAGCGUUAUCGAUCCUAAAGAUAAAAAAGAAAAAUAAAAACACAAAGAUGUUUUAUUUUAUACAUAAUUCAAGAUAAAUAUCUAGCAGGGUGUUAACUAUACACAUUUAGCGUUUACAGACGCAAAAUAUAUGCGGGUUACAGAACAUUUAGCGCGCGAGAACAAUAUAAUCGCAGUUGUGGACAAAGUUUCGGGACCUCGAAAACUAUAUAAUUGUUUAAAGAAAAA